UGCAUGCUCCGUGAUUGUUGCUAGUUUAUUUCAACAUAUAUAUAUAGUGGAAUUCGUCGUGAUAGAACCAAAUAAACAAGUUAAUUUUAUAGCAUAUGAAUUUAUUGUAUUUUACAGAAUCGAAUCUGUCUUUAUUUUAUAUAUACAUACAAAGAACAUGAAUAUUCUUCCAAAGAAACGAUGGCAUGUGAGGACAAGAGAGAAUAUGGCCAGAGUGCGGCGUGACGAAGAAAGAGUAGCUGCUGAAAAAGAAGAACAGGAGAGGCGUACACAGUUAGCUGAGGGGGAAGCAAGAAAUGCAGCAUUGCGAAAAAAAUCGCUGUUGAGGCAUGGACAAGUUGUUCCAAAAUCUGAAGAACCCCAAGGGCAUAUAAACUUAUUUGAAGAUCUUGAGAAAGGGGAGAUUGUGUCAAAUUCAACAAAUACCGAGUAUGAAAAGGAGAAAAAGGAUGAACGGGAGAAAUAUGAGAAGCAGAUAGGAUACUUGACGUACCUUGGACAAGAUACAGUAGAAGCGACUGGAUCUGUGUCAUGGUAUAAUAAGCUUCCUGACAGAAGUUCACCUGAAAGUGAUCGCAAAAAGAUUAAACUUCUAGGUGACCCAUUGGAUGAUAUUAAGCACUAUCUGGGCCUUCCAGAAGUCAAAACUAAUAGCAGGAAGAAUAGAGAUGAAGAGAAGAGAAAAUGUACAGAGAGUAGCACAAGGAGGGCAAAUAAAUCAAAAGAGAAGGCAUACAAACAUAAAAGCAAAAAGAGAUUACAGAGAAAAGAUCCCAGUACAAAUUCUGGAAAUGCCUCAUCAUCUGAAAAUGCCGAUGAGACUGAAUCCAGCUCGACAAAAGAUCCCAUCAAUUUGGAGCACCUGCGGGCACAACGGCUGAAACGAGAACAAGAAGAACGGAAACGAUCAGAAGCCCUUUUGGCUAGACUUCGUGGAGAACCUGAUCCAGAAUCCAGUAAAUCAGACGCAGUACCUUCUGUAACACAGUGCUAUAACUCUCAGUUCAACCCUCAUCUGGCACGGCAGAACAAGCUGUGAAUCAGCUGUUCCUUCCUGCUCAUCAAGCAGAAAGAACAUUCUGUACAUACUGGUGUGUGUGAUCCAGGCUUCUUUUCUUGUAAAUGAAAAUUGCAAAUUGAAAAUCUAUUAUAAAGAUUUUGAAGAGUA